CCCCGCUCCUCCCCGCGGCUGCGCGGCCCCGGCACGGCUCGGCCCGGCACGGCUCGGCCCUGCCCGGCGCGGAACGGGACGCGAUGGUGCCCGAGCUGGAGAAAGCCACGGUCCGCAUACAGCGGCCGGAGCGCGUGAUGGCGAUAAUCCGGGCCAUCAAGGAGCAGGGGAUGAACAAGCUGCAGGUCAUUUCUGACUUUGACAUGACGCUGAGCAGGUUUGGGUGCAACGGCAGACGCUGCCCCACUUCGCACAAUAUCCUCGAUAACAGUCGUGUUAUCAGCGAGGACAGCAAGAAGAAGCUGAAAGAUCUGCUGCACUAUUACUAUCCCAUUGAAAUUGAUCCCAACCGGACCCUGGAAGAGAAACGUCCCCUCAUGGUGGAGUGGUGGACCAGGGCCCAUGAGCUGCUGUCACAGCAGAAGAUCCAGAAGGGUGACAUAGCCCAGAUCGUCAGAGAAUCGGACGUGAUGCUGAGGGAUGGAUUCAAUGAAUUAUUUGAUCAGCUGCAUAAGUACAACGUCCCCCUGUUCAUCUUCUCUGCUGGCGUCGGUGACAUCCUUGAAGAGAUUAUCCGUCAGGCCAACGUCUUCUACUCAAACGUCAACGUGGUGUCCAACUACAUGGACUUCGAUGAUAAUGGAAUCCUCAAGCGUUUCAAGGGACCUCUCAUCCACACCUACAACAAGAACAACAGCGUCCUGCAGGGUACAGAGUAUUUCCAGGAGCUGAGCACUAGGACAAGCAUCAUCUUGCUGGGGGACUCCAUGGGUGAUCUGACGAUGGCAGACGGCGUUCCCAGUGUGGAGAACAUCCUCAAGAUUGGCUUUCUCAAUGACAAGGUGGAAGAGCGGAGGGGGAAGUACCUGGAUGCCUACGACAUUGUGCUGGAGAGCGAUGAGACGCUGGAUGUGGUCAACGGGAUUCUCCGGUACAUCCUUACUGAGACAUGAGCUGGGGAGGCAGUGUCCCAGCUCUGGCUCCUCAGCACACACCUGGGCAGCGAGUGUGACAAAGCCGGAGUAGAUCUGGUACCUGCUGGACUCCAUUCUGACGCUGGGCAGGGUCUCUGCCCUGGCUCGUGUGUGUUGUACACAUCCCAACCUCAGUAACCCACUUCGGUCAGCCCUGGAGCAGGAGGGGUGAGAUGGAGGAAGGUUCUCCACUCCCUUUACCCCACCUGUGCCCAGCUUUGCUGCUUCCCACUCAGAAUUCGUCCCCGCCACUGUCUGAGGCCACAACAAACCAUUUAAUAUUUCAGGCAGAGAUGUUCUGCACUUGCUUCAGCAGCCAAGUGCGGAAAUGGAGAUCGUUUGCUGUGGCUUGAGGACAGACCCAUUUUAGAUGGAAGCUGGUUAGUUUUACUGUGUUCCUGUCUAAGAAAACAAGUCUCUCUCUUGUCCUGUUUUCUGUGGGCUUCAAAGUGCCCGGGCUGAGCUCCGCUGGUGCUGCCUGCCGGUGGGCUGGCGUGGCCCUGCCAGGCAUUAGCAUCGCCCAGCUCCGCAUCCCCCACGGAAACCCUGCAGCUCCCUGGCCCCCCUGCCCCAGCCCUGCUGCCCCGCUUGCUCCGUUACAGCUCCUGCUGUAAAAAAAAAAAAAAAGGCUUUUCCAGUCAUCCCUGCAGGCCCAUGGAGCUCAUCUGAUGCUGCUGUGCAAAGCAAGACGUACGUUUGUCUGCCGCAGGUUGGGCUGGGAGCGUUUGGGUGGCAGUGGCAGCAGCAGGCUGGGUGCUUGGAGCGGCGCGUCUGCAGCGCGUGGGCGUGGAUGGGGAAGGAGAGGCCAACAGCAGUAUUUUGCUUUUUAAGGAAUAUUUUAGCUAACCGUGUUUCUGUCCUAAACUUCUAGGCUGAUCUUGGGCUCUCAGAUCAGCAAUAGAAAAACCCCCUCUUAUUUCUGUGUAAUGUCUGGUAACAUAAAAAGUAAAGCUAUGAGAGCUCUGAUUCAGCAAGGGGCAAAUUCAGGCACUUACGUGAGAAGCUGCUUUCACAUCCCAUCCUGCUGCCUGCUCUGAUGGCGGCAGGAGCCUGUGCUGGUGCAGGGUGAGCUCUGAUACGGCUCUUUGGGGGCUGUUUUUGUUGCGGUGUGGCCCAGUACAGGUUGGCAGCCCCUGCCCUGCCGCCUUUGGAUGGGGCAGCUCUGGCUCGCGAGCUCUGGGCCACUCCGGGUUCAGCCCUUGCUGCCCUCCACGUUGCGGGACGAGUAAAUGUGACUUCUGAAAGUGCAGGCUCCAUUCUCCUUGUUGAAAUAAAAACGUUGGCUAAA